AUGUCAAUGCAUCUGCGCACGCUGUGUCGUCUCCAGCUCUGUGUCGAUUCUUCCAUCUCGUGCAUUGAUUCUCUCUGGACAGUGCUGGCCGAUCUCCCGACUCCUCGCGUUUUCCGCAACUUGUCCACAAUCCUUCUGUCCAGGGGCCUGCGACGGCCGGUGUUUUAUGCCGAGCCAAAGCAGUUCGAGCAGACGCAGGAGCUGGUUGGCACGUUUGUGCCGAAGCUCCGCACAUGGCUGGAAGCCAUUGUGAAGGCUGGUAGAUCAGAGGGCGUUCGAUGUUGGAGAGAUUCGGAGAGCUAG